CUUCGUCGUGUCAGGUGCACGGGCUUCUAAAGAAUCUUACGCGCAUCGUUCGUCCUCGAACACAGCCAGCCCGUUGAUCUCUACUGACUAUCAAGAAGCGAAAGAAUGUGGCUAUCGAGGACGUGGCUGUUGCCGUUGCUGCUCGGGCUGGCGUGCGCCCAGAGGAACGACGAGAACGAUGCGUCCAGCGCCUUCAUCGAGGAGGCCCGGAAACUCUUCAACCAUCAUAAAUCCAUCGAGAACAUGCCACAAGCGAAGCAGGUCGGUGACAUGCUAUUCGAGAAGAAAUCCUCGGCGGACAGCGUCAGCCAAAUCUUGUCGGGUUUGGGCAGCUUGAUGUCGGGCGGCCAGAAUAAUCAGGGCUUCGAUAUGUCAAUGGUAGGCUCGAUCUUGAAUGUUCUGGGCUCGAUGAACAAUGGACAGGCGAAUCAUGCCAAGCGAUCGAUGAACGAUGCGCAAGAGCGCAAUGAGGAGCACGGUAUAGACUGGGGCAGCGUGAUCAGCAUGGGUAGCGCGUUCUUUCAACAAAAUGCCAACAGUGACAUGGUGAUGGGUCUCGUGCCAAUGGUUCUCGAGACUCUGGGCCAUGGGAGUAACGACGCCGAUGCCGGCGAUCACUCGGGGCACUCCUGGUUCUUGCCGCCCAUCCUGGAGAACAUUCACGUUAUGUGGGAUCAUUUCAGCAAUUCAGAGCUCGGCCAGACGUUGUGGAAGAAUAGCGGUCUGUCGAAGGUGAUGGCUCAAAUGUCGGACGAACAUGGUAACAUCCAAUACGAGAAGAUCAUGGACAGCUUCGAGAACCCCACUCUACGCCGGAGAUGGAUCAGGUCGCUCACGAAUUUCGUCUCCGAGUGGAUUUCUCACGUGUCCGAUCCUGUGAAUCAGCAACGUUAUCUCUCAACCGCGCAAUUCGUCGGCAACAGUUUCCUAAAGUCCCAGGGAUUCCCGAAAUCGGCGAUGUUCGACGCUCAGAGACCAGCGGACAGUCUUUCCAGAUUGGCGAACAUGCUGGCGCGGAAAUACUUGAGCAUGAAUAUCGAUAGCUCGCUGUAUGUGAGGCCAGCGAUAGCAUACUUCCAAGAGUUAGUGAGUCUAGCCUCGGAGAAAGGAUUCAUCAUGUCCCGAGUAAAUGCGCGAGAGUUGAGCAAUAAACUGAGCGAUACCAUCAACAACGACAUCGUCUCCCCCUUGCUCAAGGCGUAUCGAGCGCACAAGUGGGCGACGAAAAUGCCGCACUGUGCUAGUCAAAUCUUGUGUACCAUAAACGAGAAGAGCCAGCAGAGCGAUGGUCGCGACAACGAAUCGCGCAUACGCAGCGUAUUGCUGAAAAUGGCGAGUUUCCCUGCGGCUUGGACGGUCAGCAAUAAAUCAGGAAUUAAUUUCUGGUCCCUCUACGGGGCCAUCAUGGAGAACGAGGGAUGCAUCAGAAAAUAUCCGGCGGACUGCAUGGCCUUCCACGAAGAGGAGAUCCGGGUAACCACGGAGAGCAUUCACAACGAGCUUUGAAUUUAGUUUCGUUAAUUCGCGGCCUGUGAAAGACAUUGCUAAGUCGCCUCGAAGAAGACGCGCGAAGAUCGAAAGUUCGUUUCUAAUCUCUGUCCCAUUGUAUUUAUUGCACCAAGCAAAACGAAAUCGACGUUGGUUUUGUCGCUGCGCUCGGUCCGAAGGCGAUCUCUUCAUCGUCGUGUGUGGAGCAUUUCUUCGUCCCCUUCACAUGUACAUACAAGCGUACUACGACGCGUCAAUCCUGAACGUUCAGUUUUGCGGCAAAACAACCGAGCGUCCAAGAGACGCUGUAAAUACGUGUAGAAAAGUUUUUAUUUCGCAAACGCGCGACUCAGGCGUCUUCUGGGCGUCUCUUCCGGUCUUCCAUGCUGCUUCGAUAAAUCCACGUUUCAGAAGCAACGCGCUCAGAUGAGAGCAAGUGUGUGUGUGUGCGUGUGUGCGUGUGUGUGUGUGUGUAUGUGCAAAACGUCUCGGACGAACCCCUUCGAAAGAUAAAUACUACACGAGUAGUUAAGACUCGAAUUAAAAAAGAAAGAGGAAAACCCAGGCUAGAUUUCAUACUACAAAAGACGCUUAAUGCGUCGAUUAUCAAUGGCACGCCAUUCCGGGCGCAGAACGAAUGGUCUUGAAUCUGAUCGUCCCUAAGCAUGACAAUCGCCGGAAUGUUGCGAUACGGCUGAUUCUAAUCGUCGCUAAUUAGUUGGCCGUUGCAUCUCAUGAAGCCACGAUUCAUCUUAAUUACUUAUGUAGUAUUCGUCAUUAAAAUAAAAAAAAAGUUCAUAGACAUCUACGUACAAGCUGGGUUCUAGCGCGUCUCCGCGAUUCUCUCUUUCGCGAGUGCAAUAAACGACGUGGUGCUCAAGUCUCUACCCUAAUUAUAAGUAUAAAUAUUACAUUAAUAAUUAUUAUCUAUGAA